UGGUUAUGGGAGAGAAGGAGCCAUGUCAGAAGAAGCUGUUGCUGAGACACGCUUUUCUUUGAAGACAGCAGCUUCGCGGGUGUUUCAUCUUCCCCUUUCUUGGUACUAUUCUCUUAGCCAGGUAAAGCUUUCCCCUGGGCUAAAGAAGUUGUUUACAGUAACAGCAGUGAGUGCAAUAUCUAUUAUUUUUCUGGCUCAUCAUUUUAAAAGAAGGCGUGGAAAGAAGAACAGGAAAGGGUCACCGUGGGAGCCAGGUCAUAUAGUAAUAGAAUGCACCAAAGCAGCUGCAUCAGAAAAAGGUUCUAGUUGUUCCAGUAGCCGGCAAAACUUGACUCUUUCUCUGAGCUCUGCUAAGGAAAAAGGAUCCCAGUCUUGUAUCUAUGCAAAUGGAGGACUUUUCAGUAAAUACUCUGGUUCCGUUCAGAGUCUGGCCUCGGUUCAAAGUGCUACCUCUUGUCACAGUUGUGCUUGUGCCAAUUCUAACUCCUGGGAUAAAGCAGAUGAAGAUGAUAUUAAGCUUGUCAAUAUUCCGGUGACCACACCUGAAAAUUUGUAUUUGAUGGGUAUGGAGCUCUUUGAGGAGGCACUGCGCCGCUGGGAGCAGGCAUUAACUUUCCGUAACAGACAAGCAGAAGAUGAAGCAAGUUGUAGCUCCAUCAAGCUAGGAGCUGGAGAUGCAAUUGCAGAAGAAAGUGUAGAAGACAUCAUUAGUGCUGAAUUCAUUCAUAAGCUUGAAUCCUUGCUUCAAAGAGCUUAUCGUCUUCAGGAAGAGUUUGAGGCCACCCUUGGGGCUUCUGAUCCUGCUUCCUUAGCUAAUGAUAUUGAUAAGAAUACAGACAUCACUGUAAAGGAUAACACGGAUGAUUUCUGCCUUCGAGAUACAUUGAGCAUUGCAUCAACAGACUCCUUUGUUUCCACAGCUGAGCUUACAGAGCACAGAGAGAUUCGUAAUUCCUAUGGUCUAGAUUCCCUUUGCCAUUGCCCACUGUACGAAGAAGCUAUGCACUUGGCAGAAGAAGGCAAAAUUUAUUCCAGAGUGUUAAGGACUGAAAUGUUGGAAUGUCUAGGAGACAGUGACUUUCUUGCUAAGCUUCAUUGUAUUCGACAAGCUUUUCAGGUAAUUCUUUCAGAAACAGCUAACAGAAUAUUUCUUGCUGAAAGCGGAAGGAAAAUUUUGUCCGCUUUAAUUGUGAGAGCACGAAAGAAUCCAAAGAAAUUUGAAGAUGUCUUCGAUGAAAUGAUAUACUUUUUGGAACAAACAGAUCACUGGGAUAAUACUGAAAUGGAACUUGCUGCUAGAGGGGUGAAAGACUUGAAUUUUUAUGAUGUUGUUUUGGACUUCAUAUUAAUGGAUUCCUUUGAAGAUUUAGAAAAUCCACCAAUAUCUAUACAGAAUGUAGUAAACAACCGCUGGCUAAAUUCCUCCUUCAAAGAAACAGCUGUGGCCUCAAGUUGUUGGUCAGUACUGAAGCAGAAAAGGCAACAAAUGAAGGUGCCUGAUGGAUUUUUUGCACAUUUCUAUGCUAUAUGCGAACAUAUCAGCCCUGUUUUGGCGUGGGGCUUUCUGGGCCCUAGAAACUCCCUGUAUGAUCUAUGCUGCUUCUUCAAGGAUCAAGUGCUUUUCUUCAUGAAAGACAUUUUUGACUUUGAAAAGGUGCGAUACUCGAGCAUGGAGAGCCUGGCGGAGGAUCUUAUGCGGUUACUGAUGCGGCGCACGGAGCUGCUGGCUGCCUACCUGGGGGCAGAUUCCCUGAGACACGUCAGCGCUUGUGUCAGUGCUCAUGGCCAUGUCAUGACCAGUGGCCUCCUCGAAGCGAAAGUGCAGUAAGCUUAAAAUACCUGGCAAAUGCAACAGAGUGCACCCUGACUCACUCCUUCCCACCUUUCUUUCCAUAACUUCAAAGCUCUUCGCUGCUCUUACUGAGCUAACAUCUGAAAAUGUACCAUGUGGCUGUAUAUGGAAGGGAACUCAGGGAAGUUAGAAAUGCAUCUAGGAAAAGAACUGGUGAGCAUAGUGUUGUAUAUAUCUAAAUUAAAUUUGCAGCUCAGCUGUCACUGUAUUUAUAUUUAAUGUAUCCCAAAGCUUUUUUCUGUAAUAUUGGGGUAAAGUUUAUUUAUGAAAUACUGUACUUUUGCCACAGGUAAUUUGUGAUUGAAGCUGAUGGAGUUGUUUCCUUUAAAGUAUUGUACUACAGCUGCACAUUACAGUGUCUCAAAGUCAUUAUGUGUUUAGAUCUAGAAGGUGUUUCAGCUGGGGCAUAUACAGUCUCUGAUUUAUGUGACCCAUGUGCAAUAAAGUAAUUACACUCACAAAAUU